AAAUCGGAAACGAAGAUGUCGUCCGAUGACGAAGGAGGAGAGGAGUAUCUCUUCAAGAUAGUGAUAAUCGGCGACUCGGCCGUCGGGAAGUCGAACCUUCUCUCCCGGUACGCCAGGAACGAGUUCAACGCCCACUCGAAAGCCACGAUCGGCGUCGAGUUCCAGACGCAGAGCAUGGAAAUCGAAGGCAAAGAGGUCAAAGCUCAGAUUUGGGAUACUGCCGGUCAGGAACGCUUCCGUGCCGUCACCUCCGCUUAUUACCGCGGCGCCGUCGGUUCCCUCGUCGUCUACGACAUUUCCCGUCGCUCCACCUUCGACAGCGUCGGACGUUGGCUCGAUGAGCUCAAGACACAUUCGGAUACAACGGUGGCGAGGAUGCUGGUGGGGAACAAAUGUGACUUGGAGAGCAUAAGAGCGGUGAGCGUGGAAGAAGGCAAAGCCCUAGCGGAAACCGAAGGACUUUUCUUCAUGGAAACAUCGGCUCUCGAUUCAACAAACGUUAAAACAGCUUUCGAAAUGGUCAUCCGCGACAUCUACACCAAUGUUAGCCGGAAACAACUCAACUCCGACACUCAUAAAACCGAGCUAAGCUCCAAGAACCGAGUAAGUCUCGUUAAGGACGACAAUAAGGACUCCAAACAAGGCUUUGGUUUCUCUUGCUGUUCUUCCUCCUGA